AUAUAUAUAUGUUUGUGGAUUGGUAGUUGGUAUAUACCGCGGAAGAACUCCGAAGCAAACAGUUGUGCCCAAGUGAACAAUUCACAUUCCAAAAAUGGAUUCACGAUAUUCAUUUUUGUUGGUUAUCUUAAGUAUAGUUUGUUCGGCAAAUGCUGCAUCUGCGCCCUUCAUUCGAAAAUGCAAAUGGGACGACUCCAAAUGCAUCAAGGAAAGUGCACAAAGCGCCAUCCCAAUCCUGGCUGCUGGUAUCCCAGAGCUUGGAGUAGAGAAACUGGAUCCCUUCUAUAUGAAAAGCUUGGAUGCCAGUUCAUCAGGACUCAAGCUGCUGCUGUGGGACAUUAAGGGAACCGGCUUGAAUGGCUGCGUGGCUAAGAAAGUGCAACGUGAUAUUAACAAAUCGAAGCUUAUCGUGAAGCUACAGUGCAGCGUGGACUUCGCCGGCAAGUAUGAGAUGAGUGGACGUCUGCUCAUCCUCCCUAUUGAAGGAAAGGGAGACGCCCAUGUUGUUCUCAGAAAGAUCGUCAUCACCGCUGAAGUCGACAUCGGAGACAACAUCGGCCAGGACGGAGAGAAGCACUGGAAAAUCAAGAACUGGAAGCACACCUAUGAUCUAAAGGAAAAGUCCACCAUCGAGCUGGAGAACCUUUUCAAUGGAAACGAAGUUCUUGGUCGUGCUGCCCGUGAGCUGAUCGCCUCUAGCAGCAAUGAGAUCGUUAAGGAAGUCGGACCUCCAAUCGUCAAGGCCAUCAUCGGCAAGAUCAUUGCAAACGUUGACAACUUCUUCCAAAGCGUACCAGCCAGCGAACUGGCCAUUGAAUAAAGUUCCUAUUAAAACUAAAUUAUGAUAAAAUACAAGAUUAUUUAAAAGAAGUUGGUUCGAUCAAUGAAAGUUAACUUAUUCUAAUUAUUGCUAAGUCUGAUUGGAAAGGAUUUGUAUUGUAUUAAGUUGCAGUCAGUUGAUAUGGAUUUCAAUUAGGAUCGUAAUAAACUGCUGUUUAUAAAAAUA